AUGACAUUAAUUCAUACGAACAUAGAUGAAUUACCUCAGAUCGUCCAAGAACUUCGAAAAUCUUUCCGUUCUAACUUAACAGAACCUUUAAGCUAUAGAAAAAAGCAAUUAAGAAAUUUUUAUCGUAUGAUUGAUGAAAAUGAGCAAGCAAUUUAUGAUGCUUUGUACAAAGACCUUCAUAAACAAAAACAUGAGGCUUUCGUGGGUGAAAUAGGUUGGGUUAAGCAAGAAACUUUAGAUACAAUUUCGAACCUCAAAAGCUGGGCUGAGCCAGAUUAUGUAAAAGUGAACGUAGGACACAUGCUGAACAAGUGCCAUGUGAGAAAAGAACCAGUUGGAAUCGUCCUGAUAAUUGGCACAUGGAAUUAUCCUAUUAACCUUCUUUUUAUGCCUUUUAUCGGUGCAAUUGCUGCCGGAUGUACUGUAAUUCUCAAACCUUCCGAGCUUUCUGCACACACCGCUACCCUUAUUUCCGAACUUUUUCCAAAGUAUCUUGAUCCAAAUGCUUAUCGCAUUGUGAGUGGUGGUGUCGUUGAAACUACUGCUUUGUUGAAGCAUAGGUUUGAUCAUAUAUUUUAUACCGGCUCUGGUAAAGUUGGCAAGAUCAUUAUGUCUGCUGCAGCUGAACAUUUGACUCCUGUCACUCUUGAACUUGGUGGAAAGUCUCCAGCGAUUAUUUCGAAUGACGUAGACAUUCCUAUAUCGGCUAAACGUAUACUUUGGGCAGUUCAAGAUGCUUUUAUCAAAGAAGCGCCUAAAGUUAUCGAACAAUUUUAUGGACCUGAUCCUCAAAGUGGUACAUCGGAUUAUUCCCGUAUAAUCAAUAAAAACCAUUUUGAUCGAUUGCAAAAUUUAUUAAAUCAAACUAAGGGAAAAAUCGUAUAUGGUGGCAAUUUCGACAGAGAUGAUUUAUAUAUUUCACCUACGAUAGUAGCCGAUGUUCCUAAGGAUGAUAAAUUAAUGGAAGAUGAGAUUUUUGGUCCUAUUCUCCCUAUAGUUGUUGUUGAAAAUCUUGAUGAGGCGAUUGAAUAUGUGAAUUCAAGAGACAUACCUUUGGCUCUUUAUCCUUUUAGUAAAAGUGAUAAAACUGUUAAGCAUAUUCUUGAUAAUACUCGAUCUGGUGGUGUUGUUAUUAAUGAUUGUCUUAUGCAUUUCACUGUAAAAGAUUUGCCAUUCGGUGGUCAAGGACCAUCUGGAAUAGGAAGUUACCAUGGCAAACGAUCCUUUAACACAUUUUCCCAUGAGCGAGCCGUUAUGACCACACCAUUUGCGUUGGAGAAACUUGUUAAAUCUCGUUAUCCACCAUAUACCGAAUUUAAUGUGAAAAUUUUAUCUUUGUUGUUUUUCAGUAAACCUUCAAAAACUAGAAACGUAGCUUUUAAAGGCGUCGUUGGUGCUGCUAUUCUGCUUUUGAUCACUUACGUCAUCAAAAAAAUGAAGUAUUAA